UUCAGCAGAAGAACCCGAGAUGAUCGAGAUCGGUAUGAUCUCAGCGGACGAUUUGAACAACGAAAAUUUCACUGUAUCUGGGUAUGUAGACUUUUCCGAACUUGAUCAGUUUUACAACAUGAAGAACACAAAACACACCGAGGCUGUGGUGACGGCUUCUUUGAAAGUUUUAACCGACUAUUGUGCGAAAAUGGAGACAACGUUGACCGCCGUUGAGCGCAUGACACCGACCGAACUGAGCGAUUUUCUUCGGGUGUUUUACACCAGCGUACGGCGAAAAUGUGGCGAGUCGUACGCUAAGCGUUCAAUGUUCACACUAAGGUAUGGUUUAAGGAGACAUUUCCUGAAGACUAUUCACGUUGACAUAGCAAAUGAUGUUACUUUCAAUCGAGCAAAUUGUACGUUUUUCACAGUGUUGUCCCAGCUGAAAAGUGGCGUAAAAAGACAUUUUGUGGAGGGAAGGGAUUUCCAGAAGAUUUUUAAUUCUAGCGUUACAGACUGCAACACGCCACGGGGCCUUCAGAACAGAGUGUUUUUGUACCUAAUGAUGAACGUUUGCUGUGGCGGACGCCGGAAUCUACGCGGAAUGAAGAAGUCCCAUUUCAACGUCAUGACGGAUGCAGUUUCCAACAGACGAUUUGUGAGUUUCGCACGGGACAAAACCGGCAAUCUAAAAAACAGCUACAGAGAGAGGGAGGAGGAUAGUGACGAUGGAAAUGACAGUGACGAAGAUGUAACCAUCAUAAACACCAGCUCCCAGAACCGAAUGUUCGCCACACCGGACAAACCAGAAACUUGCCCUGUGUUGACUUUUGAAAAGUACAUCGCGAAGCUCAAUCUAGCUUGUGACUUCCUCUGGCAGCGACCCAAGAGGUAUCGGGUCGCGAUGGUAGAAGGCAAAGCAUGGUAUGACGCCAUACCUCUCGGGAAGAACGGGCUCGGCAACAAGAUGAAAGAAAUCUCCACGGAGGCAGGCUGCUCAAAGCUGUAUUCAAACUUUAGCUUGAAAUUAACGAGUAGGAUGAGAGCCAAGAACGGGAGAAUGUCAGGAUGCGAUUGCUCGUCUGAAUACUACUUCACAGAUUCUUCAGACAUCCGGGAGACGACUGGACCCGGUUGGUAUGGAGACGUCGCCUCGUCAUCGGACGAUGAUGGGACAUUUGAAGAUGAGCAACUCAACAUUCAUGACAGCAUCAAACAGGAGAACUUUGAUGGAGACUUUCACGAUGAACAGCAGACACUGUGUACAACUCAAAACACGGUGGAUGUUCGUCAGAAUUCCGAAGAAACUGUUACCAUCAAAAUGGAAGUCAUGGAGAGUCUUCUAGACAAUGCUAACUCAAAUCAAAUCCCACCAUCAAAUACAAGCCAUGCUACAACGUCUAACGGAACCCAGUGUCCAGUGGUUGCAGUCACACCUUCUGGCUCAAACAUUCACAUCGUCCAAUCCAAUCCCUACCCCAUUCAACUUAAAAAGAGUAAUACGAAACAGAUGACAAGAAGCUCAAACAGAAACGCUAUUGAAUUGGCAUCUCAGCAAGUGGAGAAACCGAUGGACGAUGAUGCAGAUCAGCAGCAGUUUUUAUCUGGAGGCGUUGGCCAGAUAUCAGGGAGCAGUGCCCGACAGCAGCCUUGUGGAAACCAGAGUCGGUGUCAAGACACUACAGUUAAACCGAGUACUAUCCAAAAUGUUCCCAUCUCAGGACGGACUACUACUUUGCCGAAAAGCUCUUCAGAUAACCCACCCAUUCAACCUGUGAAUGGCUUCGAUCUUGGCGAUCGGCAGACUCCCUGUUCAUCAGCAACACCUCUCGGGCAAGAUGCUGGGAUGCGGCCUUCUAGUGGAGCCGGUGUUGCCAUGGCAAUGCAAGCAUCGGGGGACGAUGAGCUUCUUCAACUCCAGAAGGAUGUCUUGAGGAUGCAGAAAGAGAAUUUGGCGCUGGAGAGGGUGAAGAUUCGUUUGGAGAUUGCCAAGUUGGAGGCGGAGACGAAGAGACUUCAAUCCGAGAAUAGGAACUGAAUAAAAUGGUUGCAGUUUACGAUAGUGAAGCAGUGCGCUUUACAAUAGUGCCCUACAGUCAUUGGGCCAAAUACCGUCCCUGUAAUCUUUCUCAGUACAUGUAUUCAACCCCACAUGUAGGUUGCCAGGUUGCUCCAAGGGGUUUUUGAAACACAACACCAACCUCUACCCUCACAGGUAUCCAUACGGUGGCUGGCUAAAUUGAUUGUUUAACCCUGGAAAGGUGACUUGAAUGAAUUUGAAAGGACUAGUUCAAAGCCAGUGGACACUAUUAGUAAUUGUCAAACACCAGUCUUCUCACUUGGUGUAUCUCAACAUAUGCAUAA